AUGGACGUCAAGACAGCGUUUCUGAACGGCUCCCUCAACGAAGACAUCUACAUGGACCAGCCGGACGGAUACCUGGAUGCAACACAGCCGGACUAUGUGUGCAAGCUAAAGAGAUCACUCUACGGCUUGAAGCAAUCGCCUCGCAUGUGGAACCAAACAAUCGAUGGGUUCAUGAUCAAGAUGGGAUUCAAGAAGUGCGAAUCGGACCACUGCAUCUACAUCAAGCGAGACGACCAAGACAUGAUUCUCGUGGUGCUCUACGUCGAUGAUCUCAUCCUGGCCAGCAGCAACAACGAACUCCUCAAGUCAACCAAGAUGGCGCUGAGCAAACGCUUCGAAAUGACGGAUCUCGGUGAGCUCGAUUACUUUCUCGGCAUGGAGAUCAAGAACGACCGUAAGACGGGAAUGGUGACUGUACAACAAACCAAGUUUCUCAAGUCCGUGUUAACCAAGUUCGGAAUGGAUAACAGCAAGCCAGUGAAGACGCCUCAAGAUCCCGGCCUGAAGCUAACCAAGAACAUGUGUGAACAAGAAUGCAAGCACGAAGACACCAUGUGCAACGUGCCAUAUCGAAGUGCUGUCGGAGGCAUCAUGUAUCUCAUGGUCGCCACACGUCCGGAUCUAGCUGCUGCAGUGGGAUCAUUAUCCCAGUUCUCGUCCGACCCAUGCCCGACUCACUGGCAAGCUUUGAAGCGUGUGCUGAGAUACCUGCAAGCAACGCCCAAUCAUGGUCUUGAGUUUACACGUGAAGAAGGAAGCCGUAUCUGCGGGUACACCGACGCAGACUGGGCCGGCGACAUUGAGUCAAGACGAAGUACAAGCGGCUAUGUGUUCAUGAUGAGCGGAGGAUGCAUCAGCUGGAAAAGCCAGAAACAACGGACGGUCGCGCUAUCUUCAACAGAAGCAGAAUACAUGGCGCUUUCCGAAGCAACCAAAGAAGCAGUAUGGCUCAAAGUGCUUUUGGGGGAACUUGGUGAGAUGACAAGCGACGAAGCGAUCAAGAUGUAUGAAGACAACCAAGGAUCAAUCGCUCUCGCCAAGAACCCGGAGUUCCAUAAGAGAACAAAACACAUCGACAUACGCUACCAUUUUGUGCGUGAGAAGGUGGAAUCAGGUGAAGUCGUUUUGGAGUAUUGCCCGACUCAAGAUAUGCUGGCAGACAUGAUGACCAAGCCGAUCGCCGCUGUACAAUUUGAAAACAUUCGCGAUCGACUUGGGAUCCAAGGUGCCGCAGCUAACGAGUCGAGAGGGAGUGUUGAAAAGACAGCGGCUGUGAAGAAGACACCUCGUCAAGCUGCGUCAAGUGUUGAAGCAAGUGGAAGACCAAGCUUCGCUAUACCGGUGGGUACCGGUAUGUACCAGUAA